CAGACGCGCACCGAACGCUCCGCGGCGAUUUACCCAGGACAAAAGCUUCGGCGCGUCAUGCUGGACUGACCGGCUCCGAAAUCGAUGGAUUGGUUUUGAAAUCGUUUCGGUCUUUCUGCGCGUCUCUCACGAUGGAACUCACGAUGGAAAACAUGCACGGCGUCGCGUCGCACGCGCAAGCGGGGGACCUAAUGAACUCCUCGCACGGCAGACCCACGUCGGCUUCCCACCGGAGCCUGGUGACCCACGGGCGCUCGGCGAUGGUGUCCAGCAUGGCUUCGAUCCUGGAGGGCGCCGGUGAGUACCGGAGCGACCCCGCGCUGUCGGGCCACCUGCACCCCGCUAUGACCAUGUGCGAGUCGGGCAUGAGUCUCUCCAACACCUACACCACCCUCACGCCGCUCCAGCACCCCCCUAUAUCUACGGUGUCGGAUAAGUUCCACCACGCGCAUCCGCAUUCGCAUCACCACGCCGCGCACCAGCGCCUCUCCACCGGCAACGUCAGCGGGAGUUUCACGCUCAUGCGCGACGACCGCGGCCUGGCGUCCAUGGGCAACUUAUACAGCCACUAUCCCAAAGAGAUGUCCGGCAUGGGCCAGCCCUUAUCCCCGCUCUCGAACGGCCUCGGCUCUCUGCACAACUCCCAACAAGCGCUGUCCGCCUACGGGCCGAGCGCGCACCUCCCCAACGACAAGAUGCUCUCUCCGAGCGGCUUCGAGUCGCACGCGGCGAUGCUUUCCCGGAGCGAGGAGCACCUCGCGCGGAGUUUAGGCGGCCACGGGCACGGCAUGAUCUCCAAUCUCAACGGGAUGCACCCACACAGCCACCUGCACUCGCAGGCGAACGGAUCCAUGCUGGCGGAGCGAGAGCGGCACGGAGGCGGCGGCGGCGGCGGCGCGCAGGGCGGCGGAUCGGGGCAGGUGGAGGAGAUCAACACCAAGGAGGUGGCGCAGAGGAUCACGGCCGAGCUCAAGCGAUACAGCAUACCUCAGGCCAUCUUCGCGCAGAGGAUCUUGUGUCGGUCGCAGGGAACUCUGUCGGAUCUGCUGCGCAACCCAAAGCCCUGGAGUAAACUCAAGUCCGGUCGCGAGACUUUCAGACGCAUGUGGAAAUGGUUACAGGAGCCCGAGUUUCAGAGGAUGUCCGCGCUGAGGCUUGCAGCCUGCAAGAGAAAGGAACAGGAGCAGCACAAAGACAGAAACAUGGUGCCCAAGAAGCAGCGCCUGGUCUUCACCGACCUGCAGCGGCGAACGCUCAUCGCCAUCUUCAAGGAGAACAAGCGGCCCAGCAAAGAGAUGCAGAUCACCAUCUCGCAGCAGCUGGGCCUGGAGCUCUCCACCGUCAGCAACUUCUUCAUGAACGCGCGCCGCAGAUGCGUGGACCGCUGGCAAGACGAGCAUGCGCUCAGUCCCGGGCAGCCCGGCACCUCGGGGACCACUUUCUCCAAGGCCUGAGCGACUCGGACGCAGACGCGCAGCUGAUGAUGAUCUACGGCGCCCGGCAGACCUCGCAGACCUCCUCCGCGCACGGCGGAUGCGGAUGAAUCAUUUGCAUUUGUCAGAUCAAACGCGUUCUUUUACUCCAUCCGUCCGCGUCUUUCUUUCUCACCGUGGCCAUCCCCUCACCUGUGCUUGAUAUUUGAGCUAAGACAUCUCUCAUCUCAGUCUCUGGAUUAGCCGGGCAGAAUUUUCUCUCUCUCAUAGAGCAGCAGAAAGAAGGAAAAGAAGGCAAUAUACGUAUUUUAGCACACGACCCUUGGUUCUCGACAUCAGGAUGCACAUCUAGAUAUUCAUAUAGCUUCCCGAAUCAUUUUCAGGUGUCGCUCUGUACUUUCACUGCCAGCGUGGCGCCUUGUUCGUGCUUCAGCACAAUGAUAAAGGGAUGCAAAGAAUCAAUCGGCUCUCUGUAUUGGCCCCUAAAGAAUCAUUUUACCGUAGGGGUCUUACAGAGAGCUUCACCUGCACAGAGCAACGGCGCCACCUCCUGGAAAACCCUAGAUAAAAACCCACGCUCGCUUUGCUGCCUU